GUGGUUGGUUUAACUUUGGAUCUCACCUAUGGUUUUCUUUACUGGCUUGUGCAAGAUAGCCUAUGGCUAAACCUAUACAGAGUUUCUCUUUGCCAAGAAGGUUGUGGUAAUGCCAUCAUCACAGAAUUUGCAGCAUGGAGUACUUCAGAAAUAUCUCAGGGUGCACUGGGAUACUACAGUGGUCGUCUGUUCUGGACUAAUAGUCUUCAGUUCAUUACAACUCAGGAAGUCAAUCAGAGCCUUAGCAUUCCCUUCUCACAACCAGCAGAGUUUGCAGCCUUUACCCUUGUUCACACAUCACUUAAACCUUUGCCAGGAAAUUUUUCUUUUGCACCAGAAGUGAUUCCACAUUCAGUGCCUGAGUCUUCCUUCAGGAUUGAAAGAAAUUCUUCAAGUUUUCACAUCACUUGGAGUCCCUCCACAAAUGUGGAGUGGGGAACUGUCUUUUACUGCGUGGGAUCAAAAGCUCUACAGGUGAGGACUUUGGAGGGUGAACGGUGCCUCCAUCCCCAUAACCUAACAGUGCCAUCCUACCGUGUUGAUUGGCUGGAACCAUUUGCACUCUUUGAUUUUACUGUCACUCCGUACACAUACUGGGGCAAGGGACCAACAACAUCUGUAUCCCUUCGAGCCCCUGAAGGAGUUCCUUCAGCCCCUACAAACCCUAGAAUAUAUGUGUUACGACAUAACCUACAUGAAGGUGAUGAGAAAGUCCUUGUGGAGUUCAGGUGGGACAGACCUGAAAGUGACAACGGAAUAUUAACACAGUUCAGGGUUUACUAUCAAUUAUUGAGUCAGAGUGCCACUGCUGACACUUUCACAGAGUGGAACACGAGCAACGUUAAACCCACCCUGAUGUUCUUUUCUCUCAGGGAUGUGCUUCCCAGCCUCACAGUAAGGUUUCAGGUGCAAGCCUUCACCUCUGUGGGCCCAGGACCCUUGUCUGAUAUAGCGGAGAGGAAUUCAUCAGAUCUUUUCCCUGUCCCAACUCUUAUAAUUGUUUCUGCCAACAAGUUAUUUCUUACUGACAUAGACAAUAAUCAUACCAUAUGGGAACUUUCAGCAAAGACAAAUGUAAAGGACAUCUGUUAUACUGCUAAUGAUGGCAAAGCGUACUAUAUCGUAGAGGAUUCUCUUUUUCUUCUGAACAUACAGACUACUUCAAAGUUUCAGCUUUUCAAAGAUGCGUAUCUUCACAAUGCCACAGCCAUCACAGCUGACUGGAUUGCAAGACAUCUCUUUGUUGCCCUGAAAACACCAUGGAAUGAAACACAAAUAUUUGUUAUUGAUCUUGAGCUCAAGAUAAAAUCUCUAAAAGCCUUGAACAUACAGCUGGGUAAAAGUAAUUCAACUGUAUCAUCUCUGUUGUCAUAUCCUUUCUUAAGCCGCUUGUACUGGAUGGAAGAGCUUGAUUAUGGCAGCCGCAUGUUUCAUUAUGAUCUUCUGAAUAACACUGUGCACCACAUUUUGGGAUAUAUAUCGGCAGAAGAACAGAUGAGGAACUACUGCACCUGUAACGUGGCAGAAGCAGAGCUAGGAAGCCCUAUGACUAUAGAUGUGUCUGACUCCAAGAAUCCCCAGUUGCUCUUUAUCAGACGAAGAGAUGAAAUAUGGGCCUCAGAUGUGGAUGGUUGCCACUGCUGGAGAAUUGCCAAAAUACCAAGUUUUCAAGGUAAGAAAAUUGGCAGCUUGACUGUAGAUAAGAAAUUUAUAUACUGGAGCACUGAAACAAAGGAAUACACUGAAAUUUGGCUAACAGAUAAAGAAAGCACAAGACAUUUUCUUCAGAAAAGAACAAAUGAUGAGCUGAAAAUCUUAGCCUACAGCUCAGCAGCGCAAUUAUAUCCAGAUAAAAGAUGUCUGAUUCUACUGCCAGACACUGAGAAACCUACUAUCCUUGAUAGAACGAACACCAGUUUUACAUUAAGCUUGCCAUCUGUCACACCACAGCAGCUAUGCCCCGGCGUAUCGCAGCCUACGCUGACAUAUCUGGUAUUUCUCGGACAAGUGACUAACAACCGCAGAAAUUCAAGCUGCUGUUUGUCUCCUCUACAGCAAAAAACAUUGGAAUUUCAGGGUCCUAUAGCCAUCAUAGAUAACCUACAGCCAUUUUCAAGUUAUGUCAUACAAAUUGCAGUGAAAAACUACUAUUCAGAUGAGGAAGUGCUGCCUAUGGGAAAAGAGACAAUUGGCACAACUCUAUAUGGAGUACCAGAGGCAGUUGAUUCCAUUAAGAUAGUGGUUUUGUCUGACACCACCAUCAACAUAUCUUGGAGUGAACCUCUGAAGCCAAAUGGACCUCUAGAAUCCAUCCGCUAUCAAAUCUCUGUCAAUUUAUUACCUCCUGUCCCAGCAACACCCUUGAGAAAAAGUGAAUUUCCAAAUGGGACUCUUGCCUGGUCUGUCAGUGGACUCCCAUCCGGAACAAACAUUUUAUUCAAGGUUCUUGCUUUUCAUCCUGAUGAGAACUGGUUUUCUGAAAGUGUCCCUGUUAUUGCAAAAACUUUUGAGACUCCACCUGCACCAGUCAACAUAGUUCCCAGAAAUACCAGUUUCCAGCUAGAAUGGAGAGCUCCUCUGCAUGUCAAUGAAACCAGCUUCUGCUUUGAGCUGUGUAAGUGGCAAACAAAAAGUGACUGCUUUUCUCCUGCAAGUACUACAUGCACAGCAGAUCUUGUUUACACAUGCAAUCUCACAGGAAUGCUUCCUUCAACCAACUACUUUGUAAGAGUAACAGUAGUUUAUGUUACAGGAGCAAAAAGCACUUCCUCUUCAACAAGCUUUAAAACUACAGCUGGUGUUCCCAGUAAGCCAGGAACUCCAAAAAGAGCAGAAGACAUUAAAGACUCUGUACAGUGGGAAAAGGCUGAUGACAAUGGAAGCAACCUGACCUACUACAUCUUAGAAAGCAGGAAGCAGUCUGACAACAGCAGCAAAGCACAGUCCAUGUGGGAGGUGGUUUACAAUGGCUCCUGUGCCAGUAUUUGCACAUGGAAGGCCAAGAACUUAGUAGGAACUUUCCAGUUCAGAGCAGCAGCUGCAAAUGUGCUGGGACUUGGUGAAUACAGUGACGCAAGCAAGGAUAUAAUUUUGGGUGAAGAUACUAUGAUCUCCCCAGACACCAUCAUUGCUAUUGCUGCUGUGAUUGGAGUUGUUGUGCUGGGCUUGACUGUGGUCAUGUUAUUUGGUUUUGUAUGGCACCAAAGAUGGAAAUCCAGAAAACAGGCCUUGCCUGGACAGGUAGUGUUUAUCAAGGAAGAUAAAGAACUAGCUCAACUCAGGUGGACAGCUGAGACAGUGGGACUAGCCAAUGCCUGUUAUGCUGUGAGCACACUUCCUUCUCAAGCAGAGAUUGAAUCAUUGCCAGCUUUCCCUCGGCACAAACUGAACUUACACAAAUUGUUGGGAAGCGGAGCAUUUGGAGAGGUGUAUGAAGGGACUGCAGUAGACAUCCUGGUGGACGGAAGUGGAGAAUCCAAAGUAGCAGUCAAGACUCUGAAGAAGGGUGCGACAGACCGUGAGAAAAGUGAAUUCUUGAAGGAGGCACACCUAAUGAGUAAAUUUGAUCACCCCCACAUUCUGAAAUUGCUUGGUGUGUGCCUGUUAAAUGAACCUCAGUACCUUAUACUGGAGCUGAUGGAAGGAGGGGAUCUACUUAUCUAUUUACGAGGAGCCAGAAAACAACAGCUCCAGAGUCCCUUACUGACAGUGAUUGACCUCUUGGAUAUAUGUUUGGAUAUUUGCAAAGGCUGUGUCUAUUUAGAGAAAAUGCAUUUUAUACACAGGGACCUGGCUGCUCGCAACUGCCUUGUGUCUGAGAAGGAAUAUGAGAGCUCCUCCCGGGUGGUAAAGAUUGGCGAUUUUGGACUUGCUAGAGAUAUCUAUAAAAGUGAUUAUUACAGGAAAAGAGGAGAAGGCCUACUCCCUGUCAGAUGGAUGGCUCCUGAAAGCCUCAUUGAUGGUGUCUUUACAAAUCGCUCUGAUGUCUGGGCUUUUGGAGUCUUAAUGUGGGAAAUAUUAACUUUGGGUCAACAACCAUAUCCAGGUUUCUCCAAUACGGAAGUUUUACACUAUGUACGAUCAGGAGGAAGGCUUGAAUCUCCAAACAAUUGUCCUGAUGACCUAUGUGAUUUAAUGGUGAGAUGCUGGGCCCAAGAACCUCACAACAGACCUACUUUCUCUUAUAUUCAGGACAAACUGCAAGAGAUAAGACACUCUCCACUGUCCGUCAUCCGCUACCUUGAAGACAAAGAGACAGCAACUGGAGUCAUCAACCAAGCCUUUGAAGAUAGUGACGUUCCAUGUGCAGAUUCGGACAGUAUUCUUUCAGCCAUGCUAAUGGAAACAAGGAAUCAAGAGGGCUUAAAUUAUUUGGUAUUAGUCAAAGAAGGCAGCCAAGAUCAAGGAAGCAUCAAUUCUACUGAGCUUAGUUAA